AUGCCCUCCCCUAGCCACACUCACAACCCCGUAUCCCACACCCUUACGCGAUCGAACAUUCAAUCCUGGAAAGACAGUAUCAAGCAAGCACGCCAAAACUGCGCGUUUGUAGAAACAUGGCCGUGCAUGUAUUGCCAGGGCUGUAUCGAUCUAAAUAGUUUGCGGGAUCAUACGCGGUUUCGGUGCCGGAAUACCAAAUGUAUUGGUGUGGGCAAGUUGCAGGUGACGUGUUUUUGGGACAUCAAGGGCUCAUGA